AUGCUCUGCGAAAACUGCUCGGAUCUAGAUCUUAUCGCCGCUCUAGGGGAAGGAUACAAGGGCGUUAAAGCACCCUGGAAGGGAUGUGUUUGGGUUUCGCGCACUUCCCACCCAGAACAGGUAUGGGCUUGAGAUGAAGGGAAGGAUUGUGAAUUUUGUGACUUCAUUGCUCGGAUAUCAGAGGAUCGCGAACCGGAAAAUCUCAAACCGCGUUUCCUAUCGGUUCACAACCGAGAAUCUAUGGACUAUAGCCGCCUGCAUCAAGAUUGUUACCCAAUUUUCGAAAUCACGUUCGCUCGCCCAACCCUAUCCCAAGAACAUGCUCUGUUAGAAUACCGAAGGGGAAAAGAUCACGCUACGUUUUGUACUCGGCAUAUUGUAUUCUGCAAGACGACGCAGAUGAUCGCAAGCAUCAAAUUCAGCAAAUGGACCUUGUUUAUCGUUUUGCAGAGGUCACUCUAAUAGCGGCUACUGGUGAUAAUGCUGAUGCGGGACUUCCUGGCGUUUCAAAUAGUGCCGGCCGCGUUCAAAUAACAGGUACCUUUCGUGGUACCACUCUUUCAACUUGUCAAAUAUGCCCUCUUCAGGCUGUCCUUAAUUCUUACUGGAAUUCUCGUGGCUGGAAGUUUCAAGAAAGCUUCUUUUCUCGACGGAGGCUCUUUUUCGGCGAAAAUCAGAUUUUAUACGAUUGUGCUGAAGUAACAGAACUGGAAGAAGUCGUACACCGGAAGAAAUAUACGGGGAUACCGCAAUGGAGUUCUAAUAUUCCCACCACUGCUAUUUUCAGCCUGGUGUCUGAAUAUUCAAAGCGUAACUUGAGUUUCCCUGUCGACGCUCUAAAUGCAUUUGAGGGUAUCUUAAGCGCCUUUAACUCAAGAGAGACUUCAGUCAAAGCUCAUUGGGGUAUUCCAAUACUGCCCAAUGACAAUGCUAAUCAUCCCAACUUUCAAGGUUCCAGGAUCGCCAGUUUACUCCUUGGGCUGUCUUGGUAUCACCAGGAUAACGCAUUGGUCCAUCGGCGAGAAGGCUUCCCUAGUUGGUCAUGGACCGGUUGGAAGGGCUAUAGCAUCGAAUACAGUUAUUCCUUGCGUUCAAAAGAUUCAAAUAUUACCGUUCCUUGCGAACUGAAAAUUUAUGUUGGAAAUGGCAAUGAGCCAAAGAUCGAAUGGUCUGAUUUUCUGUCAAGACUUUCUACCCAAGACGUGCAUCAUAGAGUCUUACAAGAACUUUGGUUAUGUGCUCCUUCAUUCAAUGUCAGACUGUACAAUUCGAAUAAUGGUCUGAAAGCAUACACGGAUCAGGACGAACAGUCAUUAUAUGAGGAGUAUGUGUAUUUAGACUCUCAAUUUCAAGACCUUGAACACCUGAACGACGCUACAUCUGCUCAUAUCGAUACACGCAGCUGUUUCGCAAUUUUUUUAUUUUCAUUAUGGAGGAAGUCGGAACGUGAAUGGAGAUGGCAAUACUUCCUUCUAGUUUCAAAAAAACACGAUGUCUGGGAGCGAAUUGGCAUUUGGUUCCCUUAUUUGAAUACCAAAGAUGAGAUUCCUGAGUUCGAGAAGAAGAUAAAAGCAUUACCAAGCUAUCAGAUCAGGGUAUUCUGCAUUCAAUAA